AUGAAAGACCCAGGGAAUUUCCAAAUCCCCUGCAUCAUAUGGGAUAUCAAUAUUGAGAAAGCCUUGUGUGAUAUGGGAGCUAGCAUCAACCUCAUGUCCCUAACCAUGAUGAGGACGAUGAAGAUUGAGGAAGCCAAGCCAACAAGAAUGACACUCCAAUUGGAUGAUAGAACAUUCAAGUUUCCACAUGGGGUAGUGGAAGACUUGUUGGUAAAGGUGGGAGAAUUCAUUUUUCUAGCUAACUUUGUUGUGCUGGAUAUGGAAGAGGAGGCUAACACAUCAAUCAUCCUCGGAAGGCCAUUUCUAGCUACUACUGGAGCCAUCAUUGAUGUGCAAAAAAGGGAACUAGUCUUGAGAUUUCAUGAAGAGAAGAUGGUCUUCAAUGUCUUUAAGACAAUGAGUUACCCCAAGGAAUCCAUAGGAGAAUGCAUGAUGGUAGACUCCAUAGAACAGAUAGUUCAAGGGGUUUUGGAAGAAGAACAAUGUGAAGGAACUAUAGAGCUAGAGCAACAAGCAUCUAGUGAAGAGCUACAACAAGGAACCAUGGAGAAAUCAGUCAUGCUGAAGUAG